ACAAGGAGCACAACCAAGGACUGAAUGAUGAGCAAUCACUCAAGUGCCACUGAAUUCUGCCUUUUAGGUUUCCCUGGGUCCCAAGAACUCCAUCACAUUCUUUUUGCUGUAUUCUUCUUCUUCUACUCAGUGACACUGAUGGGAAACACGGUCAUCAUCGUGAUUGUCUGCGUUGAUAAACGUCUGUGGUCCCCCAUGUAUUUCUUCCUUGGCCACCUCUCUGCCUUGGAGAUUCUGAUCACGUCCAUUAUCGUCCCCGUGAUGCUCUGGGGGUUGCUGCUCCCUGGGAUGCAGACAAUAUCUCUGACUGCCUGUGUCACCCAGCUCUUCCUGUACCUCGCUGUGGGGACCACAGAGUUUGCAUUACUGGGCGCGAUGGCCGUGGACCGUUACGUGGCCGUGUGUAACCCUUUGAGGUACAACGUCAUCAUGAGCAGUCGCACUUGCAUCUCGGUGGUAACUGUGUCAUGGGUGUUUGGGCUCCUCUCUGAAAUCUGGCCAGUCUAUGCCAUGUUUCAGUUUACCUUCUGCAAAUCAAACCUGUUAGACCAUUUUUUCUGUGACCGAGGACAGUUGCUCAAACUCUCGUGUGAUGACACUCUUUUCACAGAGCUUGUUCUCUUUUUAAUGGCUAUUUUCAUUAUCAUUGGUUCUCUGGCCCCAACAGUUGUCUCCUACACCUACAUCAUCUCCACCAUCCUCAAGAUCCCCACGGCCUCUGGCCGCAGGAAAGCCUUCUCGACUUGUGCCUCCCACUUCAUCUUUGUGGUGAUCGGCUAUGGCAGCUGCUUGUUCCUCUACCUGAAGCCCAGGCAAACCCAGGCAGCCGAGUACAACAAGAUAGUCUCCCUGCUGAUUUCCGUGUUGACCCCUUUUCUGAACCCUUUCAUCUUCACUCUCCGGAAUGACAAAGUCAAAGAGGCCCUUGGAGAUGGAAUGAAACGCUGUUGUCAGCUCCUCAAGGAUUAACCCUUCUCCCAGCCAGUCUUAGGUGGGAGAGUCCACAUUCUGUAUUACGCAGAAACCUUGAGAACACUCAUUUCUCUCCUCUUUACCAUUAUCAUCACUAGAAGAAUCAAAUAGUGGUGAACGACUUCGG